ACUAACGCUAGUGACUGGUAAAACAAAACCGAUGUAGAAAGCACAGUUUUGUUUUCCUCCCCUCUGCUUCACUUUCGUUUUUUCUUCCUGUUCUCUCGCUCCGCUCGGCUUGCCAGAGGGCAGGCGCUCUGAGCGCCCGUGUAUGUGUACGUCCCGGCGGUUACAUUAGCGCGGAUCUUUCUCUGGAGCUCUCAUCUCAUCUGUCUGUCCCAUCAUGAACACACUCCCAGCAUACUCGGGAGCCAGGAUCUCAGGCUGCUGGUGUCUUAGGGCAGAUGGAAGUGGCGGUGGCGAAGGCUCUCUGGACAGGCUCCUCCCCUCCGUCAACACCGGCCUGUCGCCACGGAAACGAUCCACCAGCCAGUGCAAAUCCGAGCCUCCGCUGCUGCGGACCAGUAAGAGGACCAUCUACACAGCCGGACGCCCACCCUGGUACAAUGAGCACGGGACCCAGUCCAAAGAAGCUUUUGUUAUUGGGCUUUGUGGAGGCAGCGCCUCAGGCAAAACAACAGUUGCUCGUAAAAUUAUCGAGGCUUUGGAUGUUCCUUGGGUCGUUCUUCUCUCAAUGGAUUCCUUCUACAAGGUUCUGACGGCCGAACAGCAGCUGCUGGCCGCUAAUAACGAUUACAACUUUGACCAUCCAGACGCCUUUGAUUUCAGCCUGCUGGUGCACACACUCCGCAAACUCAAGCAGGGCAAGAGUGUGAAGAUCCCAGUGUAUGACUUCACCACGCACGGACGGCAGAAAGAAUGGAAAACGGUGUAUGGGGCCAGUGUGAUUAUAUUUGAGGGCAUCAUGUCUUUUGCAGAUAAAGAGCUGCUGAAGCUGCUGGACAUGAAGAUCUUUGUGGACACCGAUUCUGACAUCCGGCUGGUACGGAGGCUCAGGAGGGACAUCACAGAGCGAGGCCGCGACAUUGAGGGAGUCAUCAAGCAGUACAACAAGUUUGUGAAGCCAGCCUUUGAACAAUACAUCGAGCCCACGAUGAGACUGGCAGAUAUUGUGGUGCCACGUGGUGGCGGCAACAUGGUGGCCAUUGAUCUCAUAGUGCAGCAUGUGCACAGUCAGCUGGAGGAGAGAAAGCUCCGCUGGGAUAUGGCGGCACUAGCGUCGGCCCAUCAGGCGCAGCCUCUUCCUCAGACUCUCAGUGUCCUGGAGAACACACCGCAGGUCCGCGGCAUGCACACCAUCAUCAGAAAUAAAGAGACCAGUCGAGACGAGUUCAUCUUCUACUCCAAGAGGUUGAUGCGGCUCCUCAUCGAGAGAGCGCUGUCCUUCCUUCCAUCUCAGGUCCACAUUGUUCAGACCCCACAAGGAGAGGAUUACGAGGGCAGAACCUUCCACGGGAAGGGGAUUACGGGCGUGUCGAUUCUCAGGGCGGGAGAGACCAUGGAGCCCGCGCUCAGAGCCGUGUGCAAAGACGUCCGCAUCGGCAAAAUCCUCAUCCAGACCAAUCAGGACACAGGAGAGCCUGAGCUGCACUACUUGCGUCUACCCAAAGACAUCGGCGAAGAUCAUGUGAUCCUGAUGGACUGCACUGUGUCCACUGGGGCGGCAGCCAUGAUGGCCAUCAGAGUGUUGCUUGAUCAUGACGUCCAGGAGGAGAAGAUCCUGCUGGUGUCUCUGCUGAUGGCUGAGAUGGGUGUGCAUUCUGUGGCGUACGCCUUCCCUCAGGUCAAGAUCAUCACCACCGCCGUCGACAAGAAGGUCAACGACCUCUUCCACAUCAUCCCUGGCAUAGGAAAUUUUGGGGAUCGUUAUUUUGGCACGGAUGCUCCCCCAGACUGGAGUGACGACGACAUGGAUGAGCCGAGCUGCUGAGACGCCAGUCUGACAAUCACGUCUGAUAUCUGUACAUUAUAAAAUAUUUUUAUACUCUUUUGCACUCCCCAAACAGAAACGUUUUACGUGAAGGUUUUAUUUGUGAAGGUUUUAUUUAUAAAGGUUAAUUUAGUUGAUUUUUUAAUGCAAGUUAUUUCCUGUGUUCCAGUAAAGUGUGUAGUGUUUGAUUCUGAAGCUCGUGCUGUUGAUCUCUUGUCUUGCGUGUUUGCUGAAUCUGCUGUUUAGGUAUUUUCGGCAUGUGAACUCUCAUCAGCGAACACAAUACGUCUGGUCGUCAUGGCAUAUACAUUACAAGCAUGCCACUUUUACUCAGCUUUCUGAGAGUAAAAUAAGACUGCCUUGCUAAACUUAGACAGUGAAUUUCUUUGAAGGACCACUUCAUCGGAAAAAAUGUGUGGGCGUUGCUUUGUUUUAAUCUUGCUUUCAGUCUCGCUUUACCUGCAGACGGCUGCUGACCAAACCACAAGCUGCGAACAAUUACACUUUCACAACAGAGAAAUGCAGUCUAUUCUAUGGCUCAGGCUUUAAAACUUGACAUGUUUUUCAAAUUCAAUUUUUGAGUUGGUUUACCAGUUUUAAAUAAAAGAUGUAGAGCUCAAUUCAAGGCUUGGAGUUGCAGAGCUCUGUCUAUCAAACACACAAGCAUGAGCGAACAGCUAAUCGGUGGUUGUUGAGUUUUAGGUCAUUUUUAAAGUUUUGUUUUAGAGGUUUAUAAAAAAAAGAAUGACCUGCUUCUUGUAUCUGUCCAGUGAGUCUAUAGCUGCCUUUACCAUAUAUAUGGCUCAGAUGUGCUCGAUGUUCGCUCAAAAACAUACAGGACGUACAAGAGCAAAACUAGCCCACAGGAAGCGUUGGUGUUUGGCCUCAAAUUUAGGUUUAAUUGUGUUUGGUUUAAUCGUUUUACCCCACUGAGCACUUUGAGGAAGUACAUAGCCUGAAGAGAUUAUUUUGUCAAAGAAAUAUGAUGGGAUUUUGUGCAUUUUUUAUUUGAUU